AUGCUUCUUGAGGACCAGCGAUUCAUUCACGAGGAUCUGGAGAGGUUGGAGCAGGCUGUGGCUGAACGAGUGGCCGAAGAGCCGCGAACUGCCCGCGAUCGCCUUACUCGCGACCAUGUCGUAUCAACAUUCAUAGAUCAAAUCGAGAGACAAUCCAGGACCCUCUUGGAGAUCUACACAGACGCCGAUGGACAGCGCGAAAGAGAAGUCCAGAUUUCCACAAGAAAAUACCCCGGCGGGGCUGUUGAGGACCUCGAGCAGGCGUACAAGAGCGAGAGAACUCUCAUGGACAUUGACAACAUGUUCACUGGGGAGGAGCGAUUCGGCCAAUUCCUCGAUCUGACUAGCAUUCACGAAGAUUAUCUAAACUUGCCUGGAGUAAAGCGCCUUUCCUACAUCCAAUAUCUCGAUGUUUUCGAACAACUUGUGCAGCCAUAUUUGCCCCUCAAGCGCAAGGACAAGCUUUCCGACAAGUACUUCCGUUAUGUUGCCGAACUUUCUAGCUACCUCGAAGGCUUCAUCAAGCGCGUGCGACCACUACAGGAUUUGGAUAAGCUUUUCGCAGCCUUCGAUGAGGAAUUCGACAAGCAGUGGUCCGCGAAGGAGGUUCCCGGCUGGACAGAGAACGCCACCGAAAAUGGCACGUCAGGGCCUAAGACAGAAGGGACCGGCGAAGGCACCUGGUGCCCGGCUUGUGAGAAAGAAUUUAAGAAUGAGAAUGUCUAUCGAAACCACUUGACAGGCAAAAAGCAUAUUAAGGCCGCAGAGGCUAAGAAAGCCGCUGGCGAGUCGGGUGAAAGCUCGGCACCUGUCAAGUCUGGCACUUCUGCAUUUAGCUUGAAGGAACGCGCCAUUGCUGAGCGUGAGCAUCGUGUACGUUGCCUUACUAAGGAACUUCAGCCUGAACGACAGGCUACCCGGAUCAACGUGGAGCGCAGACAAGGUAUGACGGAAAGGGAGCGUCAAAUGGAACUGGAGACCUUGAUGGCCGAGCCUGAAACCUUUGGCGACGGUCAUGGUGGGGAUCAAUCCGACGACGACAAUGACGAUCAAGUCUACAACCCCUUGAAGCUGCCGCUAGCAUGGGAUGGUAAGCCUAUCCCAUUCUGGCUUUACAAGCUGCACGGUCUCGGAGUCGAAUACACAUGCGAGGUUUGCGGAAAUUUCGUUUACAAAGGUCGCCGAGCAUUCGACAAACACUUCUCUGAAGGUCGACACGUUCACGGCUUGAACUGCUUGGGCAUCACAUCAAACACCAACCUUUUCCGAGAGAUCGUUAGCAUCGCUGAUGCUAUGGCACUCUGGGAGAAGCUUGAAGGGGAACGCAAGAAGGAGCGGGAUUCUCGUGAAAACGUCGUGCAGAUGGAAGAUGCUGAGGGCAACGUCAUGCCGGAGAGAAUUUACCUGGAUCUUCAAAAGCAGGGCAUUCUUUAG